AUGGAGCUUGUGUUUGAGAAUGGUCAGAUUAUUGCAAAGGGACAAAGAUCCAACGUCUUUUCUUCGCAGAAUCGACGUACGAUAUCGAUCAUGGAUUUGUAUGAAGCCGAGUAUAACGAAGAUUUCAAGAAGAGUAUCCAUGGUGGUAGUGGUGCUGAUAGUGGUGUCUCUAUCAAGAAUCUUGUAGAGACACAGGUUGUUCCAGAUCAUCAUCUUGUUGCUGUGAAAGCUUCUUCAUCAAAGACAAUGAUCGCUACUUGCGAGAACCGAAACAAUAUCGAGUUUAUACCACCUGAUGAGCAAUCCGUAGUUGCUGAAAGAUCGAUCGAAUCGGGCUUUGAUUCUUAUUUUUCGACAGAUGAUACUGAAGGAUCAAAGUAUCUACUAAGCAGUAGUCAAGAUGACGAUUCAGAUGAUGCGAGGCAACGAAGAACAAGAAAAUAUUUGGAAAAGAGAAAACAAAGUACAGAAGGUUAUAGCUCAUCUGAAGGAACGCAAACAAGAAUGGAAAUCAACAAGAGAUUUCGUGCUUUGCAGGAUCUACUACCUAAUCCUCCCAUGGGCGAAACAAUGUUGGACGAGGCAGCGUUGGAUGAAGCAAUCAGUUAUCUGAAGAACCUUCAAAAUCAAGUUCAGAUGAUGACGAUGGGCAACAGAUUCGUUGCACCCCUGCCGCCAGUUAUGUUGCCUUGGGACCCGUAUUACUCGCAGAUGGGUCUACCAAUGGGUAUGGGGUGUGCACCACAGUUUCUCAACCAUCCUUGGCUAAGGCCAAUGCAUACCUCUUGGCUUUACACACCGAUGGAGAACUACGCCCCUCAAUCUGUCCCGCCAUCGUGUGCUGCUCCCCCUGACCAAAGAUCGAACUCCACCUCUGCCCCGAAUCCUGAUGAUGCAACAACCGACUCAAGAAGUCAAGGAACAGGAACAGAUGGAGAAAUUCUCUCUGGUAAAAAACCCGAAAAUCCGUGA